AUGGACCACCACGCCGGCGGCAGCCCGCAACAAGUGGAAACGGUGCGCACCUGCCAGAACUGCGCGCACGCUAAGAUCCGCUGCCUGCGCAGUCAGCCCGCCGGCGCGUGCGACCGCUGCCGCCGCCUGCGCAAGGACUGCGUCUUCCGCCCCGCCCGCCGCCGCUUUGGCGGUGGUGGUGGCGGUAGUGGCGGUGGUAGUGCUCACCAUCCUGCUCCACCGCUGCUGGGGUCCGCCGCUACUACCACUACUACCACUAUCGCUUCGAUAGGAGAUGGUUUCGGGAAUGGCGCUGCUGCUGCUGCCGUAGCCAAUGAGGGCUCUCAGCAGCAACAGCAGCACCAGCUCGCCUCCAUCGAAGCGAAGCUCGACCGCUUGCUGAGCUUGCAUCAUGGCGGCAAUGGUAGUACCGGGCAGGCGUCAGCAACGAGCUUCUACAACGCACCGCGGCCGCCGUCCUCGUCUUCCCCGGCGUCGUCGUACAACCCUCCCACCGUCCCGGCUUCCUGUUCCUCCUCCACCACCGCCGUUCAUCCUCCUCUAGAAGCCAGGAGCAACAGCGUUGCCGGCGCUAGUACUCACAGCGCCAGUGGAGACAUCAUCGACGACGGCAUUCUCUCACUAAAGCAAGCGCAGCACUGCAUCCAGCUGUACCGCACCGCGCUGACGCCGCACUUCCCGUUCGUGGUGCUCGAUGAUGCUGACGGCGAUGAUGAUGACGACGCCGUGAUGCAGCGGCUGCGCAGGGAAAGGCCGUUCCUGUUCCUGGCGGUGGUCACGGCCGCGAGCUUCGAGGACGUGGGCGUGCAGCGGGAGUGCGGGCGGCGGUUAAGGGAGGUGGUGGGCGAGAGGGUGGCGGGGAGGGGUGGCGGCCGCGGGAGGAGGAACGCGGGGGUGGAUGUGGAUUUUUUGAUGGGGUUGUUGGUUGGGUUGGCUUGCGUUGCGUCUCUCCUGCAAAGGACCAACACUUUUCCAUGCACUGCCUACAUCGAAGACUGCUGUAGGUCUUUAAGUGCGGAUCCCGAGUACCCUACCGAUAAAUAUCUGCAUGCCAUAAUACGUCUGCAGCGGGCUAUAGAGGAAGUCGACAUGCCUCUCAUGGCUGGGUUUUCUACCACCGAGCAAGCAGAAGAUUUGGCUGGAGUGGUUCCACGGACAAGUCCGAACUCUAUCAAGGCGCAGAUGCCCUUUGACUUGAAAGAAAAUGAACUAGUGUAUAUGCUGUUUCAUACCGCCGAGCUGAACGCGGUGCAUUUGCGGCUGUUCUUCUCUGGCAUCCAUCAAGGCACUUCCUUGGACGUGAGCGAUUUGAACAGAGGUUUCAGGGCAGCAGGCUCGCUGCUAGGCUUUUACUUGUCGCUCCCGUCUCGCCGAGACCUGACUUUCAAUAAUUCCGAGUGGCUGCAGCUUAGCCUCGCACUGACGGUAUCCGCGAAACUGAUCUUCGCCGCCUCGCACCCAUCCCUCGGGACGGCUGGGAAAGUGCAAGCUUCUCUCGACCUGAAAGGUCUGCUCUCUCAGAUUGUACUGAGGCUCAGCACCCUGGAGCACUGCUGGGACGUAGACAGUGCGAAUAAUCACCCGUCCAUCUUUAAAGACUUCACGCGACGCGUACAGCGGCUGCAGAAGUGGUUCGACGAUCGAUACGCGCGCGUGCAAGGUGCCGCCGCCACGCAAGCGGCGCUGGAUCCGUCUGCUUCCGGACCACCAGGGGAGCUGAUGGACUUGCCGCAGCUUUCAGGGAGCGAAUUGUUGCUGCCUGAUCUGCUGGCUUUCGACGGGUUGGCGACGCUGGAUCAGCAAUUGGCGGCGUUCUUCCCGGACAUGCAGAUGGGCGACGCCAUGGGCGAUUGGCCAAUGUAUCCGGGCGGCUUGUGA